CAUCAUAUAAAUUAUUUUAAAUUCCAAAUAAACUUAAGUAUUUUAUGAGAAAAUAAUAUAUGUGUACGUACCAUAACUUUUUUUUAUAUUUAUUACUUUGACAGAGGUAUUGUGAAAUUUAUUUUAAUGUUUACACUUGUUUCUAACCUAAGAUGUCAGCAAUAUAUGAAUACAUUAAAGAUAAUAAAGUUAAUAUUAAAGAAUGCCUACAACAACAACUUCUGGACAUAGAAACCCUACAAUCGAUUUACAUGGAACCAGGAGAAUUCGAAAUAAGCGACCAUGGUGUUCAUGCUGAUGUAAACGAAUUCGUAAAUUCAGCAUCUAUAGAUGUACCUAAUCGUUUAGAUUUUUCAUUAAACUUAAAUCUAAAUGGUAAUAAAACAGAAAUAAACUUUAACUUGCCCAAUACUUUUCCCUAUACGAGACCAAGUGUUUACGUAGUUUGCUCAAAGUUGUCCAGAUCAGAAUUGAGUUGUUUGAACGAAGACUUGGAUAAAUUUUUAACAGAAAUAACUGACAAUUACUGUUUAUUCCAAAUAAUUGAAUGGAUUAAAGAAUCCACGCAGACAUAUAUGAAUUCAAAAUCAAAUGACAUUGAAAUCAAUACAGUACAACAACCAAAACAAAAGUCUUAUUGCAGAUUCUGGGUGUAUUCUCACCAUAUAUACAAUAAAUUGAAGCGAAAAGAAAUUCUAAACCUUGCUCAAGCUUUAAACUUAACCGGCUUCUGUUUACCUGGUAAGCCUGGUAUUGUUUGUAUAGAAGGCGAGUUGAGAAAUUGUGAAGAAUGGUGGUCAGCUAUUAAAUCUAUGAAUUGGCAGAAAAUUAAUGUUAUUAAAAGAGAUAUGUUAGAUGAUUAUGAAAAUGAAAGAUACUUUCAUGAUUUUGAAGAAAAAAUAUUCCAAAAAAGCGUUGUCAAAUCAACAGAUAAACAUAUGGAUAUGGGAGAGUUUUUUAAAUUCCUUGAACAGCACAAUUGUGGACAUAUGUUCAAAUACUACUUCGGGUUUGAAGGAAAAUGUGAUAAAUGAUGUGAAUAUAUUUAUUAAAUAGUACAUAGUAUAUAUUGAU